AUGGCUCCAAAAGCAAAGAAGGAAGCCCCUGCCCCUCCCAAAACUGAAGCCAAAGCAAAAGUUUUGAAAGCAAAGAAAGCGGUGCUGAAAGGCACCCGCAGCCACACAAAAAAAGAGAAUAUCCACAUGUCACUCCCCUUCUCAUGGUGGAAGACACUGAGGCUCCGAAGGCAGGCUGAAUAUCCUCAGAAGAGCGCCCCCAGGAGAAACAAGCUUGGCCACUAUGCCAUCAUCAAAGUUCCCUUGACCACAGAGUCCGCCAUGACAAAGAUGGAAGACAACACACUUGUGUUUAUUGUGGAUGGCAAAUCCAACAGCACCAGAUCAAACUGGCUCUAUGACACUGAUGUGGGUAAGGUCAACACCCUGAUCUGA